CUCAGCCCCUCAGUAGCUGGCGGCGCCCGUCGGGCCCCGCGCAGGCGGUCUCGGUGGACGCCUAAGAUGGCGGCGCGGCGCUCGCUGAUACGGUCACAGCGCGGCGCCGCGCAGGGCGAAGGCCCCCCCGGCCAUGUCGCGCCUGCCGGCGGCGGUGAGGGGCUGGCGCGGCCUCCCAGUUUGCAAGUCAUGUGUUCUCCGGAGAUUCUCCACCCAGCCGGCCCAGAAGAAGAAGAUUCCAAACCGAUAUUUGGGCCAGCCUAGCCCCUUUACACACCCACACCUACUUAAACCAGGGGAGGUAACCCCAGGACUGUCACAGGUGGAAUAUUCUCUUCGCCGGCACAAACUGAUGACACUGAUCCAGAAGGAAGCCCAAGGCUGGGAAGGAUUGGACCACACAGUGAUCCUGCUAUCCAACCCCACGUACUACAUGAGCAAUGACAUCCCGUACGUUUUCCACCAGGACACGAACUUCCUGUAUCUCUGUGGGUUCCAGGAGCCUGACAGCAUCCUGGUGCUGCAGAGCCUUCCUGGCAAAGCGCUGCCCUCUCACAAGGCCAUACUUUUUGUGCCCCGGAGAGAUCCGAGCCGAGAGCUGUGGGAUGGGCCCAGGUCAGGCACAGAUGGGGCCGUCGCUCUGACAGGAGUAGAUGAAGCUUACACUAUUGAGGAGUUCGGGCACUUGGUCGCCAAGCUGAAAGGUGAGUCAAACAAGGUGUGGUAUGACGUGACUAAACCAGUGCAUAAAGAACUGCACUCUGACUAUAUGCAGCCCCUGGCUGAGAUAAAAGCUCGGAGCAAAAAUCACAUCCAAGGCAUCCGGCAUCUAGUGCAAAACCUUCGGCUGAUCAAAUCUCCUGCAGAGAUCGAAAGGAUGAAGAUAGCUGGACGAGUGACAGCGGAGGCUUUCAUAGAGACAAUGUUUGCCAGAAAAUCUCCAGUGGAUGAAGCCUUUCUGUAUGCAAAGUUUGAAUUUGAGUGCCGAGCUCGUGGUGCUGACAUCUUGGCCUACCCCCCUGUUGUCGCUGGUGGCAACAGAUCAAACACUUUGCACUAUGUGAAGAACAAUCAGCUCAUUAAGGAUGGUGAACUGGUCUUGCUAGAUGGCGGAUGUGAGUCUUCCUGCUAUGUAAGUGACAUCACACGAACCUGGCCUGUCAAUGGAAGGUUCACCAAACCCCAAGCAGAACUGUACCAGGCUGUCCUAGACAUUCAGAAGUCCUGCCUGAGCCUCUGCUCCCCGGGUGUGAGUCUAGAAAAUAUCUACAGCCUCAUGCUGAGCCUUAUUGGACAGAAACUGAAAGACUUGGGGAUCCUAAAGAGCAGCAUCACUGACAGCCACUUCUUCAAGGCUGUUCGAAGGUACUGCCCGCAUCAUGUGGGCCAUUACUUGGGCAUGGAUGUUCAUGAUACCCCAGAUAUAUCCCGGUCUAUCCCUCUCCAGCCAGGCAUGGUGAUAACCAUUGAACCAGGACUUUAUAUCCCUGAAGAUGAUGUGAGUGCCCCAGAGAGAUUUCGUGGCAUUGGUGUGCGCAUUGAGGAUGAUGUUGUGAUAGCAGACGAUUCGCCUCUCAUCUUGUCUGCUGACUGUCCCAAGGAGAUCUACGAUAUCGAGCAGAUCUGUGGCCGCAGCUCAUGAAGCUCCUCCUCUGCCUCUGGCAUCCUCCUCAGGAGAUGCACACCUCCAAGGGAUGCAGAUCCCUGUAACUGGCUGCAGUUGUCAAGUGAUGAAGAGUGGGGACAGUUGAUGGCCGUUUCCAAAACUGAGGCUGGGAAGUGGAAUGCAAAAGAUUCUGGCACUGAAUGCCGAAAAGCAAAGCAACCUUUUCUCCGUGUAUUUUCCUUCUGAUUUGACUAGUGCUGAUGUUGAGCUGUUGCGGAACAUGGGAGUGGAUUAAUUCCUGUGUCGUGGGUCCAUCUGCUCUGAUGCCCUUGGAUAGAUGGAUUUUGUGAGCGCUACCAGCAGCAGAGCUUCUGCCUGGUUCCUCUACAGAUGCAGUAGUGCAACUGCUGAGACCGGGGUCCUGUUGUGUACCCCUUUGCAGUAGUAUCGCAAUAGUCAGAAUUUAAAAGUGAAAUUCUGAAAAAUGCUGCUUUUGGGAAACAAAGCUGUUUCAAACACUUUUCACUUUAGAGCCCUGUGAGGAGAGGUUUUGGUAGUCAGGAAGAUGGGUUUGGUUGGGAGGUGGCGUGAAGCCUGUGCAGAGUGCUUUUAUUAUUUUUAGAAUAAGGAUGUCUUUGGGUUUGGUUCAAGCAGAUGCAAAAUAAGCCAACAGCAGAGGCAAACACCUCAUCUAGUCUUUUAGCUUAUUGAAAUGUUUAUGUAGAGAGUACUAACAGGGCUCUGGAGGUUGUUCAUACCCAUUCUUGUCUUCCACAUUCCCUUCUUUUUAUCAAAAUCUCCACUCCAGGCUCUUGUUCUGAGCCUGCCACUGCUCUGGGAAGCUAGUGCCAUGUUGGCUGUGCUGGGCUCCACUGGCAAGAUGCUGUUUGUCACCUGGAUGUGAGUUGUUCAUUUCUGGGACAGUCACAACAUCUUUUUGGUUUAUGCUGUGUCAGCCACUUCAGCAGUGCAUUUUUGAAGAGAGCAGGAUGAAGUUUUAUACCACUCCUUUGAAAUAAUAUGCCUUUUCAGAACACUGAGGGCAUGAGCACUGCUGGGUUUUAGGUUUUGCCAAAUGCAGUCAGUAACGAAUGCUUUGUGAUAAUAUUUUUGAGGCAGCUGCAAAUGUGAUUUGUGGCUAGGAUGGAUGAGGAGUAAAGAGAAGACUUUCUGUCAACAACAGCGUACCACCCGAACCAUUGCAAUGCCAUACUAAAUAUACCUAUUUGAGGCAAA